AAGUGUAGACGAAACUACAACCACGUUUUAGAAUCGACGUGGCGCAAGAAGGACAUGUAAAUGACUGGCCCGUCCGAUUGGUAUUGGUCGCGGAGCGUGUGAAGAAAAAGAUAAAAACGGACCCGGGAGUUGAGGAAACGGACUUAUAAGACUUCAGUUGGUAAAAGAAAAAUUUAUCGCGACCACAAAAUGAACGUUUUUCCAGGAUUAUUUGCCAUUUUGGCAAACUGUUUGUGUGUUCUUGGCAAAGUGAGCUUUGUGAAGGACCAGAGCAUGGAUAUGCCCUUCCCCCCGGUCAUUGUCAAGUCUGACUCCGGAAUACCCGAAGGCCAUCUACGACCUCUAGGUUGGCAAAAAAGGUCCGAUGGCAAAGUGACAGAGGAGGCCAAGAUGCUGGAACCGAAACAGUUACAUGAGAAAUACCUUAAACUGAAGAAGCCGGUGAAAUUCCCAAAGGCCCUACAAGACGCCCCAGUACUGAAGUCAUGGGCCAAAGAUGAAAAUUUGAAAGAAAAAUACGGAAAGUUAAACGUAACUGUUGUGGUGAAGAAGGAACGCUUAACGAAAGGGGGCAGAAUCAUGAAAUUCUCCAAAUUUUUGCUGGACUACAUGUACGAAGACUGGUAUAUGUCCAACACGGUGCCAUCAGAAAUGCUGGAGGAACUUCCGCUGCCCUCGUGUCUCCGCUGCGGCUCAUUACGGGAUUCGCUGUAUGAGACAGAACUAUGGAUGAGUAGCGGCGGUACCGCCUCCCUUCUCCACAGUCAUCCGGACCACAACCUUCACUGUGUGCUAUUUGGCAGGAAGGACUUUAUCCUCAUCGAGUCCAAGUACAGAAAACAUUUCGACUUCAAGGAAAACUACCCUAACGCUGGUGCUGGACACUCCCCUCUGGAUAUGGACAUGAUCAACGUCUUCAAACACACAAACAUCGGGAAAACUCCCUGGCGCUGGAGCACGUUACGUCAAGGGGAUUGUAUUCUUGUGCCUGCGGGAUACCUUCACCAGGUUAGAUCAUUCGGUCGAGGAAUCUCUUACACCAUCCUUUUUGCACCAACGCCUCAGUUCGAAGACCAAAACUGCAAGAAAGCGAAACAGCCAACCAAGCUGUCCGAGGUUGACUUUGUCUGGACAUACUCUAACGGACAGAGGCAAUUGACCAAUAAGAAGCUGGACGCUGGCAGCACGCGAGCUCUCCUUUUGAAUCUGAUGAAGGACGAUGACAAGCUCUAUCUCUCGCAGUUCGUCCAUUUCUACGACGCUGUUAUGCUUCCGAUAAAAGACCGACUUGCCAACAACAAAAUGUUUGGAGAGAAAGCUUUCGAUAUUCUGGACCAGCCGAAUCCCAAGGGUUACCUCACAAGAGAGGAAGUCACAAAGUUGACUCCGAAACAACUGGGCGCUCUGGCAGAUAUAUUUAACCAAGUGCACGUGCGCAAACUUCAUGACGAGCUCUGAUUUAACAUCAUAAAUUCACAUAAGCCUAGGAUCGUUAAACUUCACAAAGAUUGCUUAACAAAAAAAAAA